AUGGAAGAGAAACAGGCUGGUCGACGUAUUUACAACGUGGAUAUGACACCCCCUGUGCUUGCACAAGCUGGAAAUCUUUCUACUAGUGAUUUCUCUGGCUUGGAUGCGACCACUGUUCAUGAGGGCAAUGUCGGUAACGCCUUUGCUGCUAUGAAAGACGAUGUAUCGCAAAAGAGUUUCAGUGAUCGCAAACGCCCAGGCAUGACUAAAAAGCUAACCCAACUCAACUUUGAGGAUCAUCUGGCCCUCCCAAUGCCAAAGCCUCUUCACGCGCCUGAACUCGGGAGCUCAGUUGAUUGCUCUUUUCAACCCCACAAAUCAACAGAUACUAUACGAAAAUCUAGUGAUAACCUUCGCCGUUUGAGAAAGCGCUCUCCCACUAUGCCAUCGCUCCAUAAUGGCUCUGGAUUUGAAGAUAAUGGCGAGAAGAAGGUAUCACGAAUGGACAUGCUUAAGAGCAAACUCAGCUUCAAGGAUCUCCGGAAAGAAGUUAUUAAGGCAGAGGAAAUUCCUCCUCUGCCUGUUGAGACCGCUUAUACUCGGUCUCUUCGAGCCAAUUUGGAUUGCAGUCCAGUUGUUUUACCAGGAAUAUCUGGCCCACAGACAACUUACUCUCUUCGUGCCUCUUCAAGCAACACUCCGAUGGGUUCUCCCACAACCUCUAACCCGGCGACAUGCCAAUCUCUGCGUGCUAAUCUGAGCAGUCCUUUGGCUUCUCCUAGCUUCUCUAACCCACCGACUAUUGAAGCUCUGCGUGCCAGUUCGAAUGGUACUGUGGUGGUUUCUCCCUGCGUUUCCUGUCCACAGGAGAUUCACGUUGAAAAGAGACGACCAUCGGAAUUGAACAUUGAAUCACCUAGUUACACAGAGAGCUUUUCUAGCAUGGGUAGCAGAAUUCAUGCUCCUCACUCGGUGAAAUCACCCCAGGCUAGAUAUCCUUCAGCUAAUGACAAGUUGAUGGAUAAGAAUGAUCCAAGCACUCCAUCCACUACUGAUUCCAACUCUUUCAGCACAAGAAGUUAUUCACCUGUGAAAAAGCAUGUGUUCAUACCAAAUUCUACACUUGAAUUCCGGGAGCCUAAAUCCAAGAAGAGACAUGAUGGAAAGCAGCCCACAUCUCCAUGUUUUGACAUUACCGUCAAAACUCCUCAAUUUCCAGGAUGGUUCAAAGACAGUGAAGACUACAUGUCUUCUUUUAAGGAACGUUUGGAGAAAGCUGGCCUGACAGAAAGACCCACCGCGGCCGAUGCCCAGGCGGAACCAGUGUCCGAACAGCUUGUCAACAUCGUUGAUAUGAUGGGCUCAAUCCAACGUCAAUGUGAUACUUCGGUUGCCAAUAUUGGCAAAAAGGCAGAUGACCUGGCAGACUGGGUUAGAGAUCAGCUCAGAUAUCAUAUGAAAACCAUUGAGGAUCUGAAUCGUACCAAUACGGACCUUCUCAAGAAGCAAUGUCAAAUGACAGUUGAAAUGAUGAAAUCUCAACUGAAUCUACGCAUGGAGAUGGAACUCAUGGAGACACGCAUUGGAACUUUGAAGAGAAGAACUCUCGAUGAUUUUGACGAUCAAAUUACUUCGAUGAACCAAAAAUGUGCCGAAUUGAGCAAAAAAGUGGGCAUUGUGACCGAGAAGUUCGAGCGCAUCAACAUAAAUCACUUCGCCGAGGAGCUGCAGGAGCAGCGUGCGGUUAACGCACAGAUUCAAGAGGACGUUUCCCAGCUGAAGAACUUUUUGGAGGAAGAAAGACUUAUGCCUAUGUUCCAAACCCUCAUCUUGGGGCCUACUCAGAGUGCCUCCAGCACUGCGAGCUCGCCUUUGCUGCGGCCGUUAACUACUCAGCGAGUGGUUUCCGAUGAUAUCCAGGCUCUUACUGAUGCAAACGAAGUACCUGAAGCUCCUGGUAAACUCCAGAGAAGCGGAACUAUGAAGAAAGGUUUUUUGAGGGAACUUCGUGGGAUGACCUCUUCAGAGACUGUUCUACCUCCCGUUCUUAGAAAAACAGACGUUCAGAAUGACAGUAGCUCGAAGGGAUCAAUCAGUAGCUCCCAAAAGCCAAUUAUCGCAAGGACAGUUAUUUCAAGUCCCAACACGACUCCCAAGGACAACAAGAAGCCCGUUGAAAUCCCUCGUACCAACGAAGAGACGAAGAGAUGGAACCCUUUCGGAUUCCACCGUCGACAGGAUCAGGCGAACGAGGCCCCAAGUGCUGCGAGCAGUCACAACGGUAUGAUCAAGUUCCUUCGAUCUUCAGCUCGCCAUGCUGCUGGCCUUGAUAAGAGUGCCCAACCCUCAGAGAACACAGCCUCUGAUUCACGUGCUGCAACUCUCUCUGUGCUUUCCAUUCCAGAGAUUUAUCGCUCGGGCUAUAAUCCGGCUUAUAACACCGCAGCUCAUCCUGCAACUCAGACUCAGUAUGCUAAUCAGUCUGAUACUUACUCUGCUCUCCAGAGUCCACCUGUUCUCCGAAGUUCACCGAGCCUUCAAAUUCGGGACUCUGCUCAGGUCCGGUCCUCACCAUAUUCGACUCAAAAUGAGAUCCGUUCCGUCGCAUCAUUCGAUGGCCAGUCUCACACGAUGAGAGAGUCCCAGCGUAAUAACUCUGACAUCAGCCUUGGAUCACCAUUGUCGCCAUCGGGUAACUCCCCGAUGUCUAGCUCACUCCUGCUUCCUUACUACCACGAGAACCAGAGUGCUAGUUCUGGUACUAACACUGGCACCCACUUGGCCCUUUGCCCGGACAAUCACUCUGGCUUUCAUGACACUCACUCGGGAAAAUUGAACAACCCCUACGACUGGUCCAAAGAUGACUGGUCCGAGCAUGAGCAGCCCUUUGCGUCUGAAGCUGCUCCGAUUGGGCGACAAAAGAACAAGUUUGUUGAUGACUGGGUUGCCCUUACUGAAAACAGCAACAAGUCGCCCGAGAUCAAUGAAAAGGAGUGGUGCAACAAGAACCGAAAGCGCUACUAG